UAAACAGUUAUUUACCUCUUAUCAACCAGUAAAAUACUGUAAAUUCCCUUUGUAGUAAAUUACUGUAAUCUGCAUCAUGUGAGGCUUUAGUGAGCACAUCCACAAUAUACAGUACCUACAAUAUUUUAAAAAAAAUUCUUUAUGACACUGAUUUUUUUAAUGGCUGCUUUUGGCACUUGACCAGACCCAGUCAUUUUUAUCUCAGACAUUUGGAAUCUGACACUUGGGCUGACGGUGCAGGUGGAACCCAUGGUGGAACCAACAGGUUUUACCGAGGGGGAGGUUUCAGUGACGGACACUGUUUGUUUAACGUUUUUUCCGUUUGUUGAACUUUACAAAGUCAUUUGAUCUCUUUCUCAUUUUGAUAGAUUAACUGUGGCUGACGGUUCAGUGUUAGCUCGUAGAACCAACAGUGGUUUCAAUGUCACCGACACCACGGACUUCUGGAGAAGCGAUUUUAUCAUCAGAGAAACCACAAAGAAAGCAUUAAGACAACUGCAACAAAGCUCUCCAUUGAGACAGACAUAACACUGCCAUCCACACCAACACUGAUGAUCCAUGGGAACACAUUUCUCUGUGCAAAAAGUGGAUGGUGAGCAUGGACUUAAAGGUGGCCUACGUUUUGGAGGAGGACCUGGGCUUUGCAGAUGCCUUGUCUGUGUUUUUUGAAUGCUUCUAUGUCUUCAACAUAGAAUAUCAGGAGCCUGCUUGUGCAACGUUGGAACCCAUACAACGAUUCUUUGUGAGGAUCAACACAGAGGAAGGGACAAAAUGCACCGCACGAACUGGAGUGAGUCCAAGACAGGAGCAGUGGUGAAGAGGAAGGCAGGGGCCAUCAACAGCAGAGUGGUCUCCUUCCUUCGCCAGCUGACAGAGUUUGAGUGGAAGAACUUGGACUAGUUUGAUGAUGAGUUCAGUGCUGGUUGUUGCUCUGCUGGUGUCGGUUCUGUCCGGACCCACUGUGGCCUUCGUUCCCUUUGGCAGAGGAAAGUCCACUCACGUCAGCAUCACAGGAACGGCUCUACUGCAGAAAGUCACAGAAACGUGUCGGGCUGUGGCCGAGGCUGCGGGGCACCAGUUCACCCCCACGGGUUCCUCCCCAGAAGAGCUGGUCCAGGCCUGUUUAGGUCACACAGCCACUGGACAAGUGUCCGGGGCCAAGUUUCACGCCGCUCUGCGGGAAAUCUGCAUGCAGAAUGGAUUAGUAGACCGGGAUUUUGCCAACAGUGCUCCUCAUCACUUCAACUCAGAGGCCUUUCUGGAGGGGAGGGGCCUCAUCAUGGAGGGCAUGGCAGCCAUUAAGGCCAACGUCCGCCAGGCCAACUUCCAGGCCGCCAGGGAGACGCUGGGCCGAGUCCUUCAUGUUCUACAGGAUUUCUACAGCCACAGUAACUGGGUGGAGCUGGGAAACACAAAGCCGUACGUGAACCUCAUACGCCCAGACCUGCCUUUGGAAAACUUAGCAGAUGUGAACACCCCUACCUGCAGUGACUGUGCCAGUGGAACCUGUCCCAGUCCCAUCCUUCCCAACAUCCUGAAGGAGAAGAAGCUCACAUCAGGCUACAUGGGAAUGUUCUCCAAUGCUAAGCCUGCAGGUAAAUGUAGUCAUGGUGGUCUGGGGGACCUGACCAGUGCAGCAGUUCCUCGUGGUGGUAUCAGCAAAGAUGAACGUCGCUCAGACAACGCGGCGUUCCACACCGCUGCAUUGAACACUUCCACCGCUGCCAGCCUCCAGCUACUGGAGGACGUCCGCCUAGCUGCCGGGGAUAAGGACUUUCUGAGAAUGAUGGGAAUCGCCCGCUCCUCUGUUGUGUGCUUUGUCAUUGACACCACUGGCAGUAUGUCCGACGACAUUGAAGAAGCCAGGGAGGUUGUUUAUGAAAUCAUUGACAGCAAAAAGGGAACACAGGAUGAGCCGUCUGAGUACAUCCUAGUUCCUUUCAAUGACCCCGACUUUGGACCAAUGAUCAGGACCACAGACCCAGAUAAGAUGAAAACAGAAAUAUCUAAGCUCACGGCCAACGGAGGAGGGGACACCCCUGAAAUGUGUUUCUCAGGACUUCAGUUGGCUCUCACUGGGGCCCCUCCCUCUUCCUACAUCUAUGUUUUCACUGACGCUGUUGCCAAGGACAUCGCCCUUAAGGACACGAUUGAUGCUCUGAUUAGAAGCACCAAGUCAACGGUGUCGUUCUUCAUGACGGGGUCUAGUAAGAGACGCCGUCGUUCAACCACAGCUGCUUCUUUUGAUGACUAUAGAGACCUGGCUCUGGUUUCUGGAGGCCAGGCUAUCGAAGUGUCCAAGAGCGAGUUACCUGAGGCCACCGACGUCAUUCUGGACACGUCCACCUCUGCUCUGGUUACUGUUCUUCAGCAAGCAAGGAACCCUGGAAGGUCGGAAACCUUCCCGUUUGUCUUGGAUGAAUCACUGAAAAAGAUCACCACCUACAUCACAGGGAGAUCUACCAGCUUUACACUGACAAACCCUGCAGGUGUGAGCCAAAGCAGCAGUGAAGCCACUGGUAAACUGGGAACCGUUCAGUCUGUGGGCAACUUAAGGAGAAUCCGCCUCAAUGAAGACAAACAGGCCGGAACCUGGCAGAUCCACAUCACCUCUGCCCAGCCAUACACUCUGAAGGUCACAGGUCAGAGUAUUGUUUCCUUCAUUUACAACUUUGUGGAGAGUUUCGAGGGACCCCACCCAGGUUAUGCGAUACUCAGCGGGCGUCCACAAGCAGGCCAACCUGCCAAACUGAUGAUGUCAGUCAUGGGUCGGAAAGGUCCGUCCUCGCUGACCGUUACAGACGUGGGUCUGGUCACUGUGUCCAGUUCAGAGACUGUCCGCAGCGGCACAAUAAGUGACAUGGGCAACGCAGACAUCCUGGUCACGGUGGAAGAGGUCCCUGAGGGCGAGUUUGGGGUUAUUCUGAAAGGAACAGACAAAGUUUGCAACAGUGAAUUUCAGAGACAGUCCACCACCCAGAUGUCUGUCUCUAAAGUCACCAUCCAGGCUGUAAUAGACAGAAGUAUGGAACCAGGAGAAGCCUUCCAGCUGCCCUUCAGUGUCAUGACACAGGGGUCCGGUGGACAAUACGCCAUCAGCGCCAGAAAUGACAGAGGCUUUCCAAUGAGUCACCCAAACAGCCUCACAUUGACAACCGCAGAAUACACCAAUGCAUCUGUGACCAUCACCUCACCUGCCAACACACCGUCAGGCACAGACGUCACUCUGACGUUGGAGGCCCAGUCAUCCAGUGGUGUCGACUCCAACUACGCUGUUCUAAGACUGUCUGUGGUCACCAAGAUUACAGAUUUUGUGCAGCCAGUGUGUGAAGUGCAGAGUGUCCGGGCUGAUGAGUGCCCCACAGAUGUGUCUCAGUGUGCUUCCUUCCAGUGGGAGCUUUCAGCCAACCUCACUGAUGGAAAUGGAACUGGAAUUGAAAGCAUUACCCUGCGCCAGGGCGAUGGAACCCUCUCAUACACCUCACUCACUGAUCCAACUGUCCAGGCUAACUACGACGCCUCCUGCUGCUCGCAGAUCGUCGAGUUUGUCGCUGUCGAUAAAGUCGGCAACGUUGGCAAGUGCUAUCAGUCCAUAGUGCGCUCUGGCGGCCCCUCUGCUCCUACUGUGUCGUUACCGCUGCUGGUGGUCCUGCUGGGGUCUGUCCUCGUACUCAGGCCUUAGAGGUUUCUUUGUGGAGCUUGUUCUUUGUUUCACUGUAUUAUUCCUUUGUAUUGGUGAUGGUUGUCUCUGUUGAUAAAGCAAUUAAUGAAUGUAUGAGUGUUGUGAAAUGAACCCAUAAAUCAGUGGUUUCCAACCUUUUUUGGCUCAUGACCCCAUUUUAACAUCACAAAUUUCUGGCGACCCCAGACAUUCAAAACUGAGACUUUUUUUUUUUGCUAAAAUGUAUUUGUUUUUUGAUCAUGUAUUAGUUUUCUAUACUAUGUUGCAAAUAAAUGUUAAUUUUAGAGGACAUUUAGUCUAUAUAAUGUAUAUUAUUGUGGACAGAGGCAGUAAAUCCAGGUGUAGAUUACUAUAGAUAUACUAUAGAUGGUUUUUAGCUCAUCUGAUGAUAGGACAUGAGCUAAUGUAGAGGCGCCGCCUUCAUCGUCUUUGACGGCGUCUUCCUCACUGUCUU